AUAAGCCAAUCGUUUGAGCUGUUACAUAGCCUACUCGGUAGGGAAAAUUUGCAUGGAAAAUAAACCAAUCAUCUUCUACGUGCCUGAAAGCUACGAGGCUGAGAAACAUCGUUCAAAAAAUCGGAAGUGUGAUACACAUUCGUCCGAGAGAAUGCCAAAAUUCAACCUAAUUUUUCAGCGUCAACAGAGCACUGAAACGUGAAAAUAACCUGCUCCAUUGAAAUGAGUACCCAGUCUGCCCCACUUGCAAGCAGUGGGACCCCUGCCCCCACCACCACCAGCCAGUCCAGCACCCCUGUGCCGAUGAACAGCACCGAUGCCAAGCCAGGCAGCAAGAGCCCCGCCAAGGGCAGUCCCAAGGUGGUGGUGCAGCCGGUCAACCCUCCCAUCAGCAUCUCGCUGCCGGUGGAGCCCCAGCAGCAGAUAUUCACCAUCACGCAGCACAAGCACGCCCCCGAGCCUGGCAAGAUGCACAUCCCAGCGACUAUCUCCAUUGCAGCCACUCCUGCUGUCAAACCUCAACCUGUCUCCCGGCCAGUUGUAUCAAAGAUGCUACCAACCACCCUCCCCCAGCCUACUGCCUACAUGGUGCCCAGCACCCAUGCCUCUCCGAGCACCCACCCAAUCCCUGGUACCCAGUCCGCCCCCAGCACAUACGCAGUGCCUGGAGCCCACAUUGUACAGAGCGCCCCGACUGCGGCCCCCGGUACCCAUCUGUUGACGACUGCUCUCCCGGUGCCCAGCGCCCAGUCCCAGGUGCGCCUAUCCACUGCGUGGUCGUCCGCCGUCACCUCCGCCGGGGGUGACACCCACAAGGUCAAAGUCAGCAGCACGCCCGUCCAGGUGGCGACCAGCGGUGCCCAGCCGGGCACAGUGGGCAGCCUGGCAAGCCUUCCGCAGUACGUCCGGGGGGUACCCAUGCAUCCGAGCUUGAUCACUGGUACCCAUGUUGCAGCGGGACAGAUACAGCAGCAUACAUUUCCUUCGCAUUUACCCAGAGGAGCAGCAGCGGCUGCCGCUAUGUCGGCCCCCAAGAGCGGCAUGACCACAGCCAUCUUGAGAACCACCACACCUGUCUCCCAGGGUCAGCUCCCCAACACGACCAUCACCAUGGCGUCUCCGGCUGUACAGUCGCCAACCCUCUCUGGCCAGCAACUGCAGCGGCAUCACCAACCAGCUCCAGUUCACCUGCCAGGCCAGCACCAAAUGCCGGGCCGAUUACACUCCCCGGCCGGCCUGGGAGGGGUAGGCAUGGCCCCCACUGGCCCACCAGGCAUCACCCGUGCCAGCUCCCCUGGCGCUGCAGCCAGCAUGCCCACGCACCAUGCUAGCACUUCGGAGGCUCACAGGACUCUGCCUCAUGCGUCCAUGGCUCAGCCCCACCUCCAAACUGCUGGCCAUCCCUUCCGCCCAGACAUCAAGCAGCUGCCCAAGACCGACAAGAAGCAACCGGAAGGCAAAGCAGAGGCCACCAAGCCGACCGACCCGAGCACCGUCAUCACCACCGUGACGUCCAAGCCAGAGGUCAAGCUGGUGGACCCACGGCCCAGCUACAACUGGGUGACGGUCACCCAGCCAGGAGGGGGAGGGGCUCCUAAGGUGUCGCAGCUGGGCGGGGCCAAGCACACCUACAUUUCCUCCCAGGGGCUGGGCGUGCAGAGGAUGACGCACCCUCCCCAGGGGGUAGGGAUCCCAGCCAGCAGUGUCACCAGUCAGGUGUCCAGUAGCCUGGUCACUGCCACCACACUCUCGCACCACACAGUACCUUCUCAGACUAUAAUUCACAGCAGUAUGCGAACAUCGGCAAUAACUGUGACAACGUUGAGCUCUCAACCACAGCCAAUAACCACUUCGUCAAUUCCAGUCGCUAAGGUCUUACCCCGUCAGAUGUCCCAUCCAGCCAGGCCCAGUGGACCUUACGUCACCGAGGGCGGAUCGUACAUCUCCGCCCACAGCAGGAGCUCCCCCAACACAUCGGCUGCCACAACGGUCACCGCGCUGCCCCCGACAGUGUCCCUGAGCGAUGGGCGGGGCGAGAGACCCAGCCACCCUGGAACCAUCGCCCAUGGGGGACAUGCGUACCCGACCUCCAUGCAGCAGUACUUCUUGGGCACAAUGGAUUAUCGCAAUCCCAUGAUAUAUGGCAGUCCUCACUCCUUUGCUUCGAUGUCUGCUGCUGGCGUCCGAUCUACACUGGGAGAGUCCCACAUGAGGCACACGAUGCACCCAACGACUCCCCAGAACAGCUCUGUGGCCGCUGCGGUCGUAGCGGCCGCCCACUCAGCCACGGCGGGCGCCCACGUGGCCACGGCAGGCGGUCCGGUGCGACUCAACCCCACCAGCAUGAUGAUUGAGUCCCGGCGACAGCUGCCCGUCCACAACACCAUGGGCAUGGCGCCCUCGUUAGAAGCUGGUGUCCAUACUAGCGCAGCUGUGUCACUCGGCGCAACUCAGCCGGCGAGUAAUUCCCCGAAUCCCAACGCCUCACCAAGGCCAAGUAUCCUCAAGAGGAGAAUAAAUAACGACAGUUCUGCGAUCAGGAAGCUGAUACCAAGCAGUCAGUCCAAUAGCCAGCCCAGCAGCCCCAAGACAGACUUCGCCAGAUCAACCUCAAGCUCGCCAAAACACAGCGAUUCGUUAGCCAGCAGCCAACACUCUGUGGACAGCAAUGCCUCGGAGGCUAGCCUGGAUGUGCCAUCAUCGGCCGUCAAAAUCAAGCAGGAGCACGAGAUCAUCCAUUCAGAGGCUGGCGCCCAGGCUAGCCUGCCCCGAGACCUGAGCCUGACCAACUCCAUCGGGGAGUGCAGCCCGUCGCCUCGGAAGAAACCCCGCAAACAGCAACACAAGGUUGCCACGGAGCAUCACGACAUCCUUGACGACCAGUCCACGGACGAAGAGAUUGAAACCAAGCACAAACACGUCCGUGUCAAGAAAGAAAAGAAAGAGAAAAAGGCAACAGUGUCUGAUGUUGAUCACGUCAAUGUGGUGCAUUACUUCCGCCGGCCCUGUGUGCGGCUGAUAGACACUUACCGCCAGUCGUGGAAGCCCACCCACAACCACUUUGAGAGGUACUCGGACGUCCGGCCAAAAGAAGAGAAAAAGACCUCAAUUCACGAGAUCGCCAACCAGCGAGGGAUUGUCAAGAAGACGGACGGAUGGAAAGUCAGGCACAUCACCUACCAGUUUGAGGACCUGCAUGGAUUAGAGAAAGAUGUUUUCAACGAGAUGAAAGGGAUUAAGGAUGGUAUGGCCCCCUGGCAGACCCCUGGGAAGGAGAGUGACACGUCCACGAUCUACGAACUCAUACAGGGCAACAUCCAGAGGUCCCAGUACGUGAUGGAGCACUUGGAGGAAGCCAAGAACACCAUGCAGAAGCUCCUGGAUCACAAGCCCAAGGUCAUGGCCAUCAUCAAGAACCACGCCAACAAACGGCACGCCAAGAAGAAGCACAGCCCCUGAAACUGGACGCAAACUGAGCCAGCGUAACAAAUGCCAUGCUGCGAAGAGAAGCGCAGGCCCUAGAUCCCCGACAGGAACUGCCACGAAACACAGCCCUCCCCCCCUCAUUUCAGUGAGAACUAAACCACCAAAUGGCCAGGCUAGAAAGGAAGACGGACCCUGGAGUCAUCAGGAUUCCUGCCGCCAGAAUGCCGUACUCGGGAAGAAACGGAGCCCCCUUGAGAACUAAGCCGCCAAAGGCUAUGUUGGGAAAGAAAAUGCAGAUCCUGGAUUCAGUGGGAGCCAAGCCAGAAAAUACUUCGCUGCGAAACAACACCUCGCGAAUUCAUGGAAACAACAUCCCUAUCAAACGUGACCAGGAACCCUGCCAGCUGACAGCACGCUGCAGAGACACAAAUGCGAGACAGCGCUUACAAGCGACAUAAUUUUAAAAAACCAACCAAAAGCUGCCCGACAGUUUUUUUUGGGGGGGGGGUUAAAGAUGACAUGGUCGUCCUGAAAACAGUUCAUCCCUUUGCAGGUCGAGCAUAGAGGCAUAGCACAUUCAUUACUAUGAGCAGUUUCUUUAAUCGGAUUCACAUUAUUCAUUGGCAGUCAGCGCUAGUCUUUGUCUUGGGAACACCCAAGAUUUUUUGACUUCCUUGUUACAGUAGAAAUACGUUUUCACUUUCUUCCGGUUCACUACAUAGAAACGUAGAAUAAAUAUGAAUACGCACCAUGUCGAACACUUACACGUUUCUCCGUUUCUUCAGUUCAAAGCAAAAAAGGUCCUUGAAGCAAAUAAAAUUCUGAAAAAACAUGGAAUGAACUUUAAAAAAAAAAAUGAUGAAGUAACUUCCAAGUGAUUUUAAUAUUAUGACUGCCCAGCACAGUAUUGUGAUAUUGCCAAUUGCUUCCAAUCAAUUUGGUAACGGACGAUCUUUUUGUCAACAAGGACCUCUUCAGUAAUGAACUAACAGUCUCAAGUCAAAGCUUUUCAGUGUGUGUCACUGAAAUGUACGUGUUUUCAUUGUAAUGUUUACCAUAUCCAAAAUUAAGUUAUGGAUCAGAUUGUAUAUACUGUAAAUAUACGAAUUUAUGUACAUAAUCAAUUUUCUUUCCAAGCCAAAAGAAACUCAGGAUUUGAGAAUGUUCAGUCCCAUGUAGCCACGUUUUGUGAAGAACACGAAAAUAAUUGUGCACUUUAUUUUCAUACCCUCACUUGGUAUUAUUUUCACACAAACCUGCAUAUGGAAUCGUGACACGGAGAUUGGCACAGUAUGUUUAGGACAUUAUGUAAAAUGCCACGCGCUAUCAAAAGUGUCACGUUAAAAUCCCCCGCUAAAAUUUUGCUGUCUGAAAUAACUGAAAACUCAUUGUGAAAGAUUGCUGACAACUGGAGAGCAGGAGCAAUUAGUAGGUGUAUUCUUCAUCAGUAACUCCCGACCAGAAUUAAAUUUUCUUUUACCACUGGCAUGUUAGAACUUGCUUUCAAUAAAAAAAAAUUGCACUGCGCUGAUCUGUUUUGACAAUUAAGUGUGACAGAAUGAUCUGUUAUUCAGUUUUGAACGGAAUAAGUUCUCCACGUUGUUGACAGAAGUCAUCAAGAAGUUUGAGUUCAUAAAGUUUGUCAAUAGAGGCUUUGCAUGGUAGCCAUCUUGCAGGGCAGUUGUUUUAUUCCACAGGGAAACAUCCUUUGUGCAUACCCUGUGGAACAAAAUCACUGGCCUGCAAGAUGGCAGCUAUGCAAAAAGCUAUAGGUACAAGGAAUAUAAUAGAUAUGAUGCCUUGUGUGCAUGUAACGUUCAAAUCACUUGGUCUGUCAGUCUUUAAAAUGGUACCAUUAAUGCUCUCCCAGUGCAGUAUGAUUUUUUUUAUUUUGUGUAAAAAAGUCCUUUAAAGAGAGAGCUUGGAGCGUGUAUUUUGAGAGGCAUUCGUUUUUGUAUUGCGUAUUUUAUAUACAAAUCAUUUGAGUUGAAGGGCAGGUAGUGCUAUGUAUUAUUAUAUACAGGACAAAGAUAAUGUGCAUGUGUCUACGGAACUGUAAUUUUAUAACUGAGAAAUAAAUGUGUGUACAGAGCUUCA